AUGGCGAGGCUCGAGCACCUCGAGAGCCCCGUGAGCUCCAGGAGUAGGAGGAGCUCGCGAGUCCUACCCCCGGCGCCCAUGCUCGAUGACUCGCUCGGGUCCGAAGACGAAGACCUGGAUUCGCCGCCUCACAGGAGCAGCAGGGGCAGAGACAGAGACAGAGACAGAGACAGAGACAGAGACAGAGACAGGGGCAGAGGCUGGGGCAAAGAUGGCGAGACGACGGCGAGGGACCGCCUGGACCCGAGAGGUUGGGAGCGGGAGCGGGAAAGGAGGCCAGACGAGGAGAUAAUAAUGCAGACACCCGGUUCCAGGGCCUCGUCGUCCUCCCACCGUCCCUCCCGUCGUUACCAGCCCGACCCGCGUGGCCGCGAUUACACGCCGCCGCACUCUGUCUCGUCCUCGAGGGCGAGCACGCGGGUGCCGCCCAUGACCUCCAUGACGAGACCGUCGACAGCCGAAGCACCCUACCGCCGCCCUUCGCUGAGGGAGCUUGCCCCGGCAGGAUACGACGACCCGGAUGCUCGGCACGGCGUCGGGCAGAGCCAAGGACAAGUCACCACCGUUCGCGUCGAAGACGUGGAGAUCCGACCAGGCUGGACGAAGACUACGAUGAAAUGGAAUCUAGGCACACCCUUUCCGUCGACCACGAACCUCCCCCUCCACCUCCGCCGCACCCACGCUCGCGUCCCCAUUCCCGAGCCCCAUCUGCUAGACCCAUCCCGGAGCCAGACGUUACGGAGUCAGAAGAUUCGCAAGACGACCACCAUCUUCGUGAUCGGUUUGAGCGCCGAGGGAAGCCCAGGCAUCGAAGGCACGGUUCUCACAAAAUGGACUCUCGAAGAAGACGAAGCGAAAGCCAUGUGGACUCUUCACCAACGCCCAAGCGAUAAACGUGUAAAAGUAGUGGAAUGUGUCGUCUGCUUGGACGACCUCCCUUCCCGCAAGACGGCCAAGCUUAAAUGCGGCCACCGGAUGUGCCACUCUUGCCUCAAGCGAAGCUUCAAGUUGUCCAUUACGGACCCGCAGCACAUGCCGCCCAAGUGCUGCACCGCGGCCACCAUCCCCCUGAAACACGUGGACCGCCUUUUUGACAACGAAUUCAAGAGGAACUGGAACAAGAAGUACGUCGAGUACUCGACCCGCAACCGCAUCUACUGCCCCAAGAAGGGCUGCAGCGAGUUCAUCCGCCCCGAGGACAUCCGUCACGCCGACGACGGGCGAAAGUAUGGCAAGUGCGACAAGUGUAGGACUAAGCAUUACGAAGACGAGCUACACCGACGCAUGUUGCAAGAGGAUCGUGACGAGGCAUACGCGAGGCGUCUACAGAACUGGCAGGAGUCCGAGGACGGCCCCGAGGACGACUUCCUGGGUGGUUUCGGGGAUGUUCACGGACUAGGGAACGCGGCGAGCCAUCACAUGAAUGACAACUUCCGUCCGCGCCCGCGCCACAUCGUGGUGCCGGAACCACCGCGGCCGUCUCCCCUCCCCCCGAUGACGCUCGAUUCCGCACCAGGUUUCGACAGGGCUGCGCCCGGUGACUACGUCUUAGACGUCAACCGUGCCCGAGGCGUCCGCGCUGCGUCCCUGGGAAGGCUAGCUGACAGGUUCAACACGGAUCGCCAGGGCCCCGUGCACCGGCCGCCACCGUUGCCGACGGCCGCCACGAUGCCCUUGCCGGCUAUGGUCUCGGCCAUGUCGCCUGGCCAUGUCGGCGUGCCGAUAAGGAGGCACACUGUUGAGACCGGAGAUGUGUACGAUGAUGACAGGUCCCGCCCGAGAUCGGGCGGCAUGAAGCCCGUGGAGCGGGUGGCUGUGAGUGGGAGGACGGCACGGCCAGUCUUCCAUGAGGAGCCCGACGACAUGCUCACACACGGCGUGCAGGCGGUCAAGCAGCACACCAGAGAUCCACCUAAGGCAAGCAAUCUCGCUGGCCUUACCGGCUCUGGUAGAGGGGCGGAUAGAGUAUUUGAGUGGGCGACACACGUCGAGCUCGGGGCUGCCCCGGAUGCAGGUGGAUGA